AUGGAGGAAAUACUUGUAGACAUCUUGAAAAGGCUACCUGUGAAGUCACUUAUUCGUUUCAAUUGCGUGUCAAAAUUUUGGAACACGUUAAUUUCUCAACCUUAUUUUAAAAAGACGCAUCUCAAUCAUUCAAACAGUCGACUCAGUUCUCAAAAACUGCUUUUUGUCCGGUGGGAUCCUAACUGUCAAUUCUGGUCUGGUUCCUUCACCUUAACGGAGGAGGAUAUUCCCAUAUUUGAUUGCACUUCAGAUUCUAAUAUAAAAGAUGGUAUAAAAAUGUAUUCUAGUUGUGAUGGCUUGUUUCUCAUCGGAAUUUGGACAGACAGUUAUGACGAACAACCUUCUAUAUUAGUCCUAUGGAACCCUUCCACUAGACAAUCAAUACGACUUCCCCAUUCUAAAUUUUCAUUUCAGAUGGGAGAUCAAUAUGAAAAUGCUGACGAAAAUAUGGGAAAUUACUCUAAUAGUAUCAGUGACCACGAUGAUGGAUUGGCUAAUUAUGACUCUAAAAAUCAUGAACAGAUAGAAGAUUACUCUAGUAGUAGUAUCAGUGAUUAUGGUGAUGGUGAUAAGGGAACUACUUAUGGAUUGGCUUUUGACUCUAAAAGUGAAGAUUAUAAAGUGUUCAGGAUUGACAUGUCUGGGAAUAACGACAAUGAAAUUUUCGCACUGAAAAAUGGUUCCUGGAAAAUAAUUGAUCGUAAAACCUCUGGCAGAACAGAUAGUGGUUUGUUGUGUGGUGGAGAACUUUUGCCAUUUGUAGAUGGAGCAUUUCAUUGGCUUGGUUUCUUAUCAGAGGUCUGUGUGGUUUCAUUUAAUAUUUCAGAUGAAAUUUACGGAGAGAUAUCAUUGCCAGAUAUAGUAAGCUCCGAGCUCACUCCAUUCAAGUUUGAUAACGUUGAAGUUCAAGUUGAUGUUCAUGUGGGACUAUCAGUAUUGAGAGGAAGAAUUUAG